AUAUAUCUCUUGUGAUGUUUUUGCAUAUAUCAAAAAUUCAAUUAACUGUGUCUUUGGAUAUUUCCGCUGAGUUUUCAGUUUGGAUAUUAGUUUUUUCCGGCAAAUUAUGUUUUUAUGACAGUCCUGAAUCUGUCAUGAAAUUUAUCUAUUCUAGCUAGAGACUUGCGCAUUAUUGAUUUCAGGACUUAAUCUGGUCAAAUACAUCAGCAGUGUUUGCAACACAACUGGAACAAAAACAAGUUUUUGAUAUGUUUUGCCAUAUGAGUCGGAUUAAAGUGUUGACCUCAAUUUCACAACCUACAAAUCAGCCUAAAUGGAGGUCAAGCACUGACAUUUGGACAAGGUCACCAAAUCGAAAGAAUGAAAACAAAGAAAAAGAAGGAGAAGAUGAUUACGAUUAUGAUGAUAUAGUACUGGAUGGGUUUAAACUGGAUGGAGAUGUGGCGGUGGUUACAGACACUUCAGCUUCUAAGCUGGUGGGAAUUCUACAAGUCAAGACCAACACCGCAACACCAGCGAAGCCAGACAAACACAAAAACGAAUUUCCCAGUCGUGAUGAAAAUAACAACAAAACACUUAUGAGCGAACACCAUCACAAGGCGCAGGAGCACUUUAUACCGGGGGCCAAUGCUAACAAUAGUCCAGGUAGGGCGCAAAAAGGCGACUCAGUUCCAGAGUAUGUUGCGGGCACCCAGAUAGUGGAGUGUCAGAGACCGUCUAGUUCUAAGAGCAAGUACAGACAGGACCAAAAUCAGAUGCAGAAACCGCAGUCUAAACUGGAACAAACUCUACUGGAUAAAUAUCUGGACGAGAUCCAGAACACAGAUCCCAAAGGAUCCCUGUUGAUUCCACUGAGCAUUACCACCGACGAGGGGGGAGGGAUGACAAGGGGCACUCUAGGGGGGAGGGGGAGGGUUGAAGUGGGGUUGACGGUGGACACAAAGGGUGUGGUGGGGUAUGUUGAGGAAUUGAAGAGACGGGGACUUGUCAAGGGGUCAUUCAAAACACCCACGUUCUGGGAUGGGUCCAGGAUCUAUGGAGAUCCAAAGAUGCAACUAGCCUCUGAGGACUCAAAUGUGAGCACGAUGACAAUCCCGGCUCCAAAACAAUUCUACACAUCGAGAACAAACCAAGAACUGAAGAAAUCGUUGGAGCAAAAUCGAAAUCUAACAGACAAGGAAAUGACGACUGAAGUACAGCUGAACACGAGCAUUGCACAGUCAGAAGAUCAUUCUCAAACAUUGCCAAUCGACAUGAAAAGACUUCUGUUAAGUGAACAGAACACUACGCUUUCUAUAGACGAAGCACAGAUGAAUAACCGAAUCAAUGCAAUCAAAAAAACCCAGACUUUAACCUUCCAAGAAACAAAACUUGAACAUGAACGCGAAAAAUCAUGGAGCAAUAACGACCACGCAAAAAAUCUGAGAGACAAAGGCGAGUUUCGAAGAAGACGAAGUAGAACUUUCGCUUCUCUCUCGACAUUCAAACCCAAUUUUGACUCAGUCGGAGCACCUGUUAUGACGUCAUUGUCCACUCGGAAUUAUAGUGUUGCAGGAGUACCCAUUCGGUCGAAUGAUAUUUUAGCAGAUACGAAUCGGGCAGAAUAUAGAUUGUCUAAUAUAAACAAAAAUUAUUCCAGUCCUUUGCCUGAAGAUAGCCCUCUGAAGAAAUACCGUCUUGUCAGGGCAGAGAAGCAGGAUGAACAAAUUUGGCCCCCUUCCAAACCGAAAAAGUACGAAUAUUACAGAAGACCAUCCAACCUAUUCAACGACUUACCCCAGCAAAGGCAGUCGACCAAAUCCAGGAACGAUUCUCCCCUGUCGGAUGAAGAUGCUCUUGGUAACUCUCCCGGAAGAAGGACUUCAGUUGUUGUUGAUUUGAACAGUAACAUACCUGCAGCAUUUAACACCAAUAGAAGAAGAUCAUCGAUGCUUCCAAAUGACAUGACCCUCGAAGAAGCUGCCAGGGCCAACCGAGAGCUGAAGAAGAGAUUGGAUGAAUUGAGGAGUGAAAUCAAGACUGACGCGGAGGAGUUCGGUCGGAAGGUGGAAGACGAGGUCAAGCAGAAGACGAAGGAGCUCGAGAAGCAGAGACAAAAACAGGCUGCUAAGAUUUUGAGGCAGCGUAAAAUUGACGAGGGGCGGUUGAAACAAAUUGCCGCAACGGGAUUCAUUCAUCAGGCGUUUCAAUCGGACAAAUUGAACAAGAAACUUGUAAAUAAGGCAACGAAGAAACUUCAAGGAUGGAUUCGAGGAGUGCUGCUGCGACUUAAUUUGGAAAGGGCGAAAAAACAGGCGGCCAGCUCCUUUGGCAACUUCAACAAGUUCUACAAGCACUACUUCAUUCUGACGCGGAAGAUACAAACCUUCUACGGGGAGUCUGACUUCCAGAUCAACCCCACCAUGAAACAACUCAUGAACUACCUGCAGCAGAGAAAUGAGUACGAGCAGUCUCUGAGACGGGUGAUUGGGACUAAGAGUAAGAGGGGGGAAGAGGUGGUGAGACCCCCUCAGCUGGAGAUGGCACUGAACAGACUGGACAAGUACCCUUGCAGUCAGGAGAUUCAGAGGGCAGUCCUGCAAGCACACCAGCCUGCUGCCGAUGCGCCGUACGAGCCCUACUCGUGUUUCAUGAAGUUCAGUCUUCGAGAUGCUCUGGAUGCGUGUUUCUUCAUCUAUGUUCCUGACAACAUCGGACUGAAGCCAAGUGCUGUCAGAAUAUCAACCUGGAUGGAUCCGAUUGUCAACGGGAUCGAAGUCAGAAAGUAUCUCAGUGACCCGAACUACCUGCCUGAGAAGAAAGUUCCGUACGAGAAGUGUCUAGAUGCAGUGAUGAACAUGAUGUUCGAGCAACAGUUGAAGCCACCCGACAAGAUGUUUGGACCCAACGCCUACGAGAGAAUAAUGGAAAAACGGGAGAAGAUAAAAGCUAUUAAGUUGUGAUCGAAAGACAUCGAAGAGAGAACUAAAUGGUUGAUUUCUAGUAAAUCGUGUUUUCUGCACAAAAAAAAAUUGGGAUAAAAUGAAUCAGCAAUAAAUCACCCAUCUUAAAUAAAUU